ACACUUCGGCGCGAAAUGUUCAAAAUGCUGUCGUGGCAUAUCCGCCUCGGAUUGGGUACGACGCGCCCGCGAUCUCGUCUUCCAUUUGGCGUGUUUCGCGUGCGAUCAAUGCGGACGACAACUCUCCACCGGCGAACAAUUUGCUCUGAUCGAUGAUCGGGUGCUGUGUAAGGCGCAUUACCUGGAAACGGUCGAGGGUGGCACCACAUCAAGUGACGAUGGCUGUGAUGGUGAUGGUUAUCACAAAAGUAAAACGAAACGUGUGCGUACCACCUUCACCGAGGAACAGUUACAGGUGCUGCAAGCCAACUUUCAGAUCGACAGCAAUCCGGAUGGGCAGGAUUUGGAGCGCAUCGCAUCGGUGACCGGUCUAAGUAAGCGUGUAACGCAAGUUUGGUUUCAAAAUUCGAGAGCGCGACAAAAAAAACAUAUUCAUGCUGGUAAGAAUAAAAGUAAGUAG